CGCAGAUUCAUCGGUUGAGUGCGUGAUCCGUGCCAAAAUUUAGAGCAUUUGGAUGUGUGGGUAUCUCUCAGCAAAAAAAAUAAAUUUGAGGUGUGUGAAGAAGUUUAUUGUUUGGACCCAUUUUUUUACUGAGAACUACUCAGAUGUUCAAAUGCUUUGAAAUUCGGCACGCACUUCAUGCACUCAGCCAUCUUUCUUCAUGAAAAAAUUCGAUUUUUUAAAAUUCUUUUAGUAAUAUUUUUAAAUUUACUGUUCACCGAGUGCAAAGGAGCCCGAUCUCAGAUUUGGAUAUUCGCUUCUUACUUCGAGUCAGUUAAGUUAGAGCUAAGUAUGCGCGUGCGUCAGGGAGCGAGAAUAACGCGUGCGCUGCGACUGACCACGGUGGGUAGACCUUAAGCACCAAGCAAUCGCCCAUCAUCAGCAGCAAGGAGUGAAAAGGAAGAAGAGUAAGCAUUCGCGGAGGUUUCUGCAGCACUUUAAUCUCGUCCAUUCGCCUGGAAGUAUCUUUGGACGAGGAUCGUCAGACUUUGGGCCUCUUUUCUUACCAAAACUAGAUUUGGGCCCUUUUGAGAAACAAAGCUGUUCGGCCCGUGAGGGUAAGAUAUUGGACUUUACGGGCUGACUUGUAUCUGGAGUUUCGUUCCCCCAAAAAAGAGAAUCCUGGAGCAUGGUGACACGCACGACGGCAUCCAUGUCAUUCCACUGAUGACCAUAGGAGGGACGUGCAGACGAGUGCCAUCCCAGAUUGCCGGCACCCAAACAAACAUGCAUGCCACUCUGUCGUCUUCACCAUCGCCUCCUUGUUCAACCUCACGCCCAUCCUCUCCUUCAUGCAUAUGUCCCGGCUUCGGUUGGCCCCAAGCAGCUAAGCUAGCGCGAGAUUGCGAAGUUCAACAGGGGGCUAGCUGGCUUAGCCUUGCUGCAGUCCAAGUUCAAGGUUGCUUCUGCUUUCUGGCACUACUCAGCAAUGCUCGCAUCCAAGCCCAACAGGGCAAGUCUGGCUGAACCUUCCAACCACAAGGAACCAGCUAGUUCCAGUUCCGGUUCCAACUACAGCAGGGCUCACGCUUCAGCACCUAGAGUGAGCAGGCUAGCCAAACCUGCUGCAGCUGCAGGAUCAAGCAAGCAAGCAGCAGAGGCCAGGGCGCCUUCCCCACUACACAAUGCUGCCCGUCCCGCCGCCGCCGCUCCGCUCGACAAGUCCGUCGAUGCCGCUCAAAAGCCAUCACCGGGAGAACGCCGGUCGAACUUCAAGGCCUCGCCGCAUCGUACCUCUACUACCCCAGACGUGAGACAAAAAACUCCCGACAGGCAGCCGAGGAUCGCCAAGGCAUCGGAGCUGCAGGCGCAGCUGAACCUUGUCCAGGAAGACCUCAAGAACGCCAGGGAGCACCUGGCCAACAUCGACAAGGACAGAGCCCAGGUCCAUGACGACCUGGUGCUCACCAAGACGCUGGCCGACGAGGCCUACCAGAAGCUCGAGGAGUCCCUCGCCAUGCAGCGGCGAGCAGAAGAGGCGCUGGAGAUCGAGAGGUUCAAGUCCGUCGAGCGGGAGCAGGCGAGCAUCGAGCUCGCCCGGAGGAAGGAGGAGGAGUGGCAGCGGAAGCACGCCAACGUCACGAAGCGCCAUGCCCAGGACGUCAAUUCCCUCGCUAAGGUGACCAAGGAGCUCGAGAAUACCAAGGGUGAGCUGGCGGUGACCGCCCAGGCCAAGAACUCAGCCCUCAGCCGUGUUGACGAGGCCGAGAAGACCAUGCAUGGAAAUGCAAAAAGGAUGGAGAUACUGAUGGCUGAGGUGACCCGGCUCAAGUCUGAGAUGGGGAGCAGAGAAAAAGGAGCAGAAGAGAUCAUCGACAAGCUGCGCUUGGAGGCCUCAGAGCUGCGAGCUGAGCUCCAGAGAGCAAUGGCGUUUCAGGAGAAGCUGGUCAGAGCAGAAGAAGUUGUCAAGGGGCUCAAGGUCGACAUUGCAUACGCCAAGAGGGCAGAGAUGGAUGCAGACCAGUCGGCGCAAGGGUGGAAGACCAAGGCAGCGGCGCUGGAAGAUCGCCUAGUGGCCAUCACCUCACUGAACAAAUCCAACGAGGAGGCACUGGCGUCCCUGACAAAGAGUUUCCAGGAAGCACAGUCGCAGGUCCUCCAGCUGACAGAGAAAGCUACGGCAUCAGAGGGCGAAGCCAGCGAGUACAAGGAAGGAUUCCUCGAGACGAACAGGCGACUCGACAUCGUGAGGAAGGAGGCAUCUGAACUGCAGGCCACCAUUGACAGCCUGAAGUCUGAACACGAGCUACUGAAUGAGGCACAUCGGCAGGUUGUCAGCAACGAGAAGGCGGCGAGCUCGCAGGUCGGUGUGCUCGGUGGAGACAAGGUGAGGCUUCAG